CCAAUCCAACUGCUGGUAACAGCAUUUCUCUUCCGCCUCAAUUCAGAAGCUCCAAUACACUCAGCUAUGGCGCUGCGAACCCUAGUUGCUUCUAAAACCCUAAGGGCACUCCCAAUUGGGAUCCGCGGCCUGCAGACCUUCUCGCUCCCCGAUCUCCCCUACGAUUAUGGCGCUCUUGAGCCAGCAAUUAGCGCCGAGAUCAUGCAGCUCCACCACCAGAAGCAUCACCAGACUUACAUAACCAACUACAAUAAAGCGCUCGAGCAGCUCGAUGGCGCCAUUUCCAAAGGAGACGCCUCUACCGUUGUCAAGCUGCAAAGCGCCAUCAAAUUCAAUGGGGGAGGCCAUGUUAACCACUCAAUUUUCUGGAAGAAUCUUGCAUCCGUGCGAGAAGGUGGUGGCGAGCCGCCCAAGGGGUCUUUGGGUUCGGCUAUUGAUAAUCAUUUUGGCUCCUUGGAUGUUCUUGUACAGAAGAUGAGUGCUGAAGGUGCUGCCCUACAAGGUUCUGGAUGGGUGUGGCUUGGUGUGGACAAAGAAUCGAAGCGCCUCGUGGUUGAAACAACUCCUAAUCAAGAUCCCUUGGUUUCUAAAGUACCUACUUUGGUUCCAUUACUUGGUAUUGAUGUCUGGGAGCACGCUUACUAUUUGCAGUACAAAAAUGUGAGACCAGACUACCUCAAGAAUGUAUGGAAAGUCAUGAACUGGAAAUACGCGAGUGACGUAUAUGAGAAGGAGUGCCCUUGAUUGGAUGAAUCAUAUAAGUUUUUUUGAUUGGUAUUGAAUCUCAUCUUGUACUGGUGAUGAGAAGAAAUAAGUUGCAGUCGGCUUAGAUGAACACAGCCCUGUUUAUUUACCCUUUACUGCUUGCAUUUCCCAUGGAUUCUAUUACUGUCUGUUUGUGUUGGAAAUGCUACGGAUUCUAUUCUUAUCGAAGUUGAAGUUUCCUUGUUGCUGUUA